CAAAAGCAGCAAAAAUCACUAAUAGUUGUAGUAUAGUAAACUACCUAUUACAAUCAUUUAGUUUUUUUUUAUAUAUCUUUUUUUUUUAAAAAAAUAAUUUUAUAUACAAAUAAUUUUUUUUUUUUUUAAAUUAAUACAUAUUAAAUAAUUAUAUAAAAAAGGAAAUGUCAGAUGAUUUAUUACAACAACUUCAACCAUUGCUAUUGAUUGAUGAAUUAAAGCAACACCAAAUUCAAUCAGUCAAUAAACAAAAACAAUUAAAAGAUUUAACUACCUAUAAUGCUAAAACCAUCGAUCAGUUUAUGAAAGAUGAACAUGACUAUUAUAGUAAGAAAUCAAAAGAGUUGAAGCUAUUAUCCUCUAAUUUCAUCGCAAGACAAAACAGAUUGAUUUCUCAAGGCUUCAGCAUCAGCCAAGAGUAUAGUGACAAUACCAACAAGACUGGUGAUCAAGUGUACGAGCAACAAACCCAACAUGUUCUUCAAGCUACAGCAUUAUUAAUUCAAGAAAUAGCACAAACCAUUACAAUUAUUAGUACAUUGAUAUCUUCGAUAGAGCAAUUAGAGCUACAGUUUGAAUUUGUUGUCACACAUUCACUCCAACAAAAGUUAUUAGAGCUUAAUAAUCUCUCAAAACAUUUAUCAAUUCUAUUGAAAGAGUUGGAGAAAUUUUCAGUUUCAUUUUCAAAUACUAUAGAAUCAAAUAGCCCACUCCAAUUAGAAACUGAUGGUUUCAAUAGUGCUGUUUUAGUAUUUACAAGACAACCAUUCCCAGGUUUAAUAAAAAGAUAUAAACAAAUGCAAUUGGAUGAAUUAACUAUUGAAAUGUUAACAACUUCACAUUUCCCAUAUACUUAUAGUAAAUUAAAAAUAAUAUUUGAAAAUGUUUCACUAAAUCCCAGUAAUGCAACAACCUCUAAUAAUAAUAACAGCAAUAAUAAUAAUUCAAAUCCAGCAUCUCAAACAAAUACACCAAGCUCAUCACCAUUAUCAUCAUCUGGUAACAACAAUAUACCGAGUGUCUCUGAUAGUAAUAAUAAUAUAAAUAAUAGCAAUAACAAUAUAACUAAUAGUGGCAAUGUUAAUAUUAUACCGUCUAGUAAUAUUCAAGAUAAUAAUAAUAAUAAUAAUAAUAUUAAUGAUGACAAUCAAUCACUUGAAUUAGUUGAACAAAAUUCAUUUGAUUUAUUCCCUUCAGAGAAUAGCAACAGAUUUAUUUCAAGAAUACCACUUAAAUUUGUUAGAGGCACAGCAAGAUUUUCAAAAUUAAAAUUCUCAAUUUGUUUAAUUCAUAAAGUUACAAAAGAGCAAUUCAACAUUGAAACAGAUUUAUCAGAAAGCUUUAUAGUAUUCAAUAACGAUUCGCAAUGGGUAGAUUUCUUUUGUGAAUUAUUAAAAAAUGAAAUAUUUUUAAAACAAGAUAAUAUUAAUGUAUCAUUAUCAAAUCAAAUCAAUUUAUUAUCUUUACAACCACCACAACAAAAGCAAGAAGAUUCACCAUUAAGAGUAUCAUCAGAAGAAUCUAAACAACACAAACAAGAAUAUUUCUAUACUAAAGUUAAUCACCUUAGAGUAAUUAAAACCAUUCAAAAAUAUUUCACUGUUUGUUUAAAUAUAAGAAAAAGUUUAUUACAACAAUAUUAUCCAUUCCCAAAUGAAUCAUUACAAUAUUUAUUAAACCAAAUUUCAGAAAAUAUUAUUUCAUGUGAUGAAUUUGAUUCAUUCAUUUCAAUUUUAUCACCAGUUUUUAAGGUUAUUAAAUAUCAAAAGAAUGUUAUUGAUUUAUGGAACUUAGGGGUAAUAUUUACAUUUAUUUCAAAUGACAAAGUAAAAGAGUUAUUACUUUCAAAUAUUUCAAAUACAAGUAAUAUCGAUCCAACCAAAAGAUUUUUAAUUCAAUUUAGCGAAAAUCAUCCAUUCUGUUGGGUAAUUAAAUAUUUAGUUCCAUCAAUUGAACCACAGCCACAAUCUUUACAAUCAUUAUACGAGGUAAGAGAGAUCUAUAUCGAUAUGAAAACAGAUUUACCAGGCGAUAGAUCAAAUAAAUCAAUUUUAACUUUUAUUGAAACCAAUAAAAACUUAUUAAACAAUCUUAAAGAGGUAUGCCAAAAUGAUUUAAAGCAAAAUCAAGUUCGUUUUAUUAAAAAAGAAGAGGUUAGAACAAUAAUAACCAAUUAGUUAUAAUAAUAAUAAUAGUAAAUGCCCAAAUGACUAAAAUCCCAGUUAAAUAAUAAUAAAUCUUUAUCUAUUUAUAAUUAAAUUAAUUAAAAUAAAUUAAAUAAAAAAAUAAAAAUUUACAUUAAAAGC